AUGAGAAGCCCCCUUUGGGAGUUGAUAGGGCUUGGGGUUUGGGGGCGUAUCGGGUUUAGCAGACCUUCAUGCUCAGAAUGCUUGCCUUGGCUUCGGGCUUUCAGGUUUCCUUUGGAAGAUCGCUUGGCAGCUCUGGGAGGACAUGAUGCAAAGGGACAACUCUUUGUCACGGUGAUCCGUGCGACGAAUCUUAACCUGCCUGCCUUCCGGUGGUUUCCACCACAGGCGGUGGUCGCCUUGGGGCACCACGAGCGCCGGUCUCCCUUGGGAGAAGCUUUCGGGGCCCACCCCAUCUUCGACUGGCGAGCGGAGCUUCCUUUCACAGGGCACGAGUCCCACCUGGUCUUCGAAGUGGUUUGCGAGGAGUUCCUGCUGGGAAGCUGCUUGCUGCCCUUGCAAGAGGUGCUGAGCGGGGCAGCGACGGGCGCCUUCCGCCGAGUGCUGCCCUUAGCUGAAUCCGGAGAAGGAGAGCGCCCCGAGCUCUACGUCGUGGUGACUACGACCUUAGAUGGUGACGUUCGUGUGCCAGUCGUUCAGGAGAGCGCUGCGAGGCAGCUGCAGGCACGCACGUCGCAGCUCCGGGUGACCCUGCGCUCCCUGCGUGUCGCCGAAAAGUUUGCUGUGGAUAAUGGCACCAACAAGAUCUUCCCCUAUGUCUCAGCAGCCUGCGGCCAGCAAGUAGGCCGGACAAUGCCCGCCUUCGUGAUGGCGAGUCGCGAGGAAAGCCAGGGCCAGAGGUUCGUUUUCACCGGUUUGCCCAGCAGCAACUUCGAGUGUGGAGAGCUCCUCCGGGGCCGAUGGGACAAGUACCGGGCGGCGCCCUCCUCAGAGGAGCGUCAUUCGUCCCAGCCCCAAUUCGGGUAUCGCAUGAAGGUGGAGACAGGUGGCUUGCAGCUUUCUUAUUGCAAUGUGGAGUUUACUUUCUGGUACCAGCAGCAGGAGUUGUUGGAGCUGUCGGUGUUCGAUGACAUCUUUCUGGUCUAUCCUGAUCCUCUGGUUGCCACCGGUGCAGUAGACAUCAACGAGGCCUUCCGCCUGGCCUUUGCGGAAGAUGGCACCUUGCUGGACGACGAUGGCCGGCAACCGGCCGUGGUAGUGCGUGUGCCGCUGUCCUCGUCCAUUGCUUCCUUGCGGCCAUCAGGCACCCUUGGCAAUGCCAGUGCAGGGGUCGCCGAUGGUGGAGAUGGUGGAACAGGUGGCAGCACUAGCUCUCACGCUGCCGGAGAGAUCGAGUUGCAGAUCGAGUUCUUGGAGGAGCCCGUGGCCUGCCCCACAGCUCUGGAGAACACCUUCCGCCGGGCGAUUCGGGCUCGGAAGGAGGCCUCCGAUCUGCAUCAUGAAAGCUUGCAGUACCUGGCAGACAUCACCGAGGGUGACAUCGCUGCAACCGGCCUCCCUCCUCUCGAGGACCUCUUCCGCGAGCAGCGACGCGCGCUGGCUGUCCUUUGCGCUUCCUGUGCUGUGGCCACGGCGAGAAGGCUCGCCAGCCACGAGGGCCGUGCAACAGUGCUUUUUGCAGAUCGUCUUCACAGUGUCACGGAGGGUCUUUGCCAGCUCCUCGUGCCCGAUGACUCGGAGUUAAAAGAAGAUCUGCUGAGCUCUGCCCGUAGUGCGGUCACCUACAAACCUAUCGAGGAGGCAGCAGAAGCCUACCGUCAGAAUUGCCGGCCUUCCGGCUCUCGUCUGGAGCUGCUGCUGCCCAUAGGCACCUUGCUCGCCUCAUCUUCCAGCUCUGGCGCCCUGCUGCGCGUUUCCCUGAGGAAGGCGGCAGAUGCAAUCGAACCGGCAAGCUGCACUGGGCGGCUCUUCUUCGAGCUACUGGAAAGGCACCUUGCGUCCCUGGGCCGCCUUGCUGCGCCCGAGGCACCCCGGCUGGAGCUCGCCGAGGUGGCGGCAGGAGCUGAGCCCAGAGACUUGGCGAACGAGGAGGCGGCGCCCGUCACUUUUGAACAGCAAGACCAACUUCGCCGUGGCCGGGCGGCCAUGUACACCAAUUUCUUCCCUGAGAUCGAGUGGAGCCGCCUUCUGGACAAAAGCCUGGACGAGGCCAAGGUUCCGAUCGUUCCCGGGAAGUAUCGGUACAUCAUUCCAUCGUCCCUGGCGCUGGGCGGCGUGUUUGGCGCACUCGCGUCCAUCUCAUACAUCGAGACGGCCGUGAUUUUGCACACGCUUGACGAGGAGGUUCUUUGCCGCGAGGACUACCACCACAUGGCGCUAAUGCGCGGGGCCUGCUGGCUGGUGAAGGACUCGCACGUCGAUGGCUUCAUGGAGUGGGUCGCUACUUCACCUGCCUGGUUCAAGGCCCUCUUCGGCAUCUUCGCGACCUCCGGCGCAACGGUGGCGCUUCAACAACUACGGCGCCGGUAUUUCCUGGUGCGCGAGAUGAGACUGGAGCCGCUGGGCCCUUGCCUAUCUCCGCACAAGGUCAUCUGCGUGUCUGGAUUCCUUCGGAGCCUGGCGGAUGUCUGCCAGCCCUGGGCAGUGGAGGGUCCCUGGACAUCUGGUCAAGUUUGCUUCCUCCGCUUUGAGACGGAGGUGCUCUACAAGCUCGGAAACCAGCUGCGAGAUGCUUUGGCCAGAGAUCUGAAGCGGACAGAGUAUAUCGCUUCCUUCCUGAUGUCGCUGUCGAACCCCAUCACCUUCCAACAGCGAGUGAUCAAGACCGUGCUGGAAGAGCUGGGCGACCUCCUGGACCAGGCGUGCGAACGGGCGCGACAGGUCGGCCGCCUCCUGGCCCAGCAGCUCUUGGAGGCAGCGGAGGCCUCGCGCGGGCGGCUGACGGUGAGCUUGCUGGGCUUUUCUGCCGGUGGCGUGGUGGUGCAGAGCUGCCUGCAGGGCCUGCAAGAGCUCCGCAAG